AGUUGGGGCGGUGAGAGCCGGUGCCACCGGACGGACGUGGAGCGGCAGUGCUCGGCUGGAUACAGCCCUCCCCACCCCGCCCGGGGAGUCGGUCCCACACCAAUUCCCAUCCACCCUCAUCCCCACGGCCGGAGAUGGCAGAGAGUGCGGACAGCCCGUCCGGCAGUUCCCCAGGUGUAGACAUGAAGACCUGCCUGGAUGAAUGUAUGUCUGCUAUGGACAUGUUCCUCAACAACCAAUUCAGUGAGAGCCUGGAGAGUCUGAAACCAAGGAUGAAAGAGAGCAUGUACCAUGCUUUGGUGUAUGCCACCAUUUUGGAAAUGCAAGCCAUGAUGACCUUUGAACAUGAUGACAUCAUCAGUGCUGGUCACACAAUGAAGGAGGCGCAGGAGGUCUGUCAGAGGUUUCGAAAGAAGUCCACUGUUGUUGGCUCCCUCUCGAGUCUUGUGAACAAAUCAUCUGGUGACCACUUCACUGAAGAGGAGGUCCAUGCAGAGGUCUGUUACGCUGAGUGUCUCCUACAGAGAGCUGCCUUAACGUUCUUGCAGGAUGAGAACAUGGUCAGUUUUAUCAAGGGUGGGAUUAAAGUCAGGAACAGCUUCAUCAUUUACAAAGAUCUCCAUAACUUCCUGCAGUCAAACCUAUGCAGCAAAGGUCCCAAUCACCCCCAUUUGGAAGGAGGUGUUUCCUUGGGAAUUGGGGCGUUUAACCUGGCUCUGUCAAUGUUUCCAACACGGAUCCUGAAACUGUUGGAGUUUGCUGGCUUCUCUGGGGACAAGGAAUAUGGUCUGUCGCAGUUACACGAUGGAGUGAUGGUUCCCAAUAUCCGAGCCAUUUUAUGCGUUAUGCUGCUGCUGUGUUAUCACACCUUCCUGACAUUCAUACUUGGAACGGGUGAGGACGAUGUCACGGAUGCAGUGGUUCUACUUCAGCCUUAUCUCACACGAUACCCUAAGAGUGCAAUAUUCCUGUUCUUUUCAGGAAGAAUAGAAGAAAUCCAGGGAAAUCUCGAUAAGGCAAUCCAGAGGUUCGAGGAGGGAUGUGCAGCGCAGCAGGAAUGGAAGCAGUUCCACCACAUGUGUUACUGGGAGCUGAUGUGGUGCUUCACUUACAAGCGGCUGUGGAAGAUGGCUUACUUCUACGCAGACCUCCUCAGCAAAGAGAGCCGCUGGUCUAAGGCAAUGUACGUCUAUAUGAAAGCGGCGUAUCUGAGUAUGUUACCCGAGCACGAGGCAAAACCCUUUGGAGACGACGAAGUGGAGUUGUUCAGGCAGGUUCCCCUUCUGAGGCAGAAGAUCGCCGGAAAGUCCCCCCCUACCGAGAAGUUUGCGAUAAGAAAGGCUCGGAGAUACAAGUCUAACCAUCCUGUGAGGUUGCCGGUGCCGGCUCUGGAGAUGAUGUACAUGUGGAAUGGUUUUACGGUGAUCGGCAAACAGUGGAAGCUGACAGAGGAGAUGUUGGAGACGAUCUGUGAAGCGGAGGCGGAGCUGGAGCAGACAGCAUCUAAUGAAUACCUGGCUGAUGACAAGUGUGUGGUGAAGCUGCUGAAAGGGUUGUGCUUGAGACACCUGGGCAGGGCCCUGGAGGCAGAGCAAUGCUUCGUCUACAUCUACCAACAUGCGAAGAAAAUUAAAUAUGAUCACUACUUGAGUCCAAACGCACUCCUGGAGCUGAGUCUGCUUUUCAUUCAACAGGAUCGAAAAGACGAGGCCAUCAAAUGGUUGAGACGAGCAAAACAAAACUACAAGGACUAUUCCAUGGAAUCUAGGACACUUUUCCGGAUACACGCUGCUCUUUCUAAACUGAAGGCGGAGAAGGACGAGAAUGGGCUGGAGGGAACUGCCCUCUAGACAUGAACCACGCGGAGGCCUCGGUGUUAAAAGGGAUGGUCUAGCAAUGGGAAGGGGCUGGAGUGUAAAAUUAAACGAGGAUGUUCACUUCCAAUAACACCUGGGGUUGAAGCUCUUUCUGCUGAGAAGUUAACCUUUGGGGAGCCGGUCUGCCCUUAACGAAUCUCUGACUUGAAGACCUUGUCCUGUGCCAUUUUGGAUUUGAGGAAAGGAUAUGAGAGGCAUUGCCAUGGACACUAAUCGGUUGCCAUUUUGUCUUCUGCUGGGCCUGUAGGGAAUGAGUCAUACAGAUGGGGAAGAAGCCUGGCAGAAUACUGGGAGGAGUUGGGUGAUCAAAUAAAGGGGUUGGGGGUGGUGAAAUCGCCCAAGAAACGUGGUACAAAUCAGCUUUAUAAAUGUUCUUUGUUCACUUUGCUGGUAAUAUCAGGUAAUUGUGCCUUCCCUGCUAAUUUUGGAGGCCUCUCAGUGCGAGCUGCAAGGGUUAGAAGGUGUUAGUACAAGUUAAUUAUUCUAAUGUUUCUAAAUUAGUUUCUGUAGAUAGACUGAAAUUAUCAGGAGACUUUGAUGGCUAAUUGCACUCAAAUUAUUUUAUAUCUAACACUUAGAGAUUUUAUAUUCUCAUUCAAAUAGGGUAUUACAUUUCAUCACUGCUGUGUUUAUUUAAGUAGGUGCAGUUGUCAGUUGGGCUUGGUCAGUGAAUGAUUUAAUUGCUGUCCAACCCUGGAAAACUGGAAUUUUUCAAUGUUCAGUGUUCAAUUGAAGCCAGGUACACCAGUUCCACUGGCUUGGGGCUUUGAUAUUUUGUACUUCAGGAAAUGUAAAUAGAUUCAGAUUUAUUAAUCACAUGUACAACAAAGCAUACAGUGAAAUAUGUCAUUUUGUGUUAAUAACCAACACACUCUGGAUGUGCUUGGGGGAAGCCUGCAAGUGUUGCUACAUCCAGUAUUUUGGCACUAACAUAGCAUGUCCACGGUCUUCACCAGAACAACACAAGCAGUAGCAACAGCAACGGCAAAACGAGCUCCUUUCCCCACUCACUCACACAGACAGACAUACGGACUUCCAGUCUUGGGCCCCAGAAGACUCUCAGACUUGUAGGCAAUGGCCUCCAAUCUCCCGACCCUGGCCAUGACUCACAGAUGGUGAACAAAAGUUUUCACACUGUGCAGCCUGAGAUUGCCCUGUGUGAUUCUAGUGUGUGAAACAGCAAUAUUGGGAAUUCUUGCUGCUAUCACCUCAGUGAUGGUCCUGCAUCCCCCUCACCCUCCCCAUCACACGUUCUUCUCCCCUCUCUCACCCUAGAUUAAGUAAGGACAACCAACUGAGCCUGCCCUGGCUCUACAACUCAUUCAGUUAGCACAGAAUCACUUCAGGACACCCCCACCCCCACUCGUUGGUUAAAGCCUCCUUUUGAACUCAUACUGAGACUUUGACUGGGCAACAAUUGGACUAGGGAUGUUAAGGUCAAACUCCAGUGAUCUACCUCUGUCCAUUUAUGAGAACUUGUUAAGUUGUGAUAUAACAAUCUGAAUUCCCAGGAUGGACAAAGAUGUGGUCACCCAUGGUGUCUGUCCAUGAACGUCUCAUCUUGUCCAAGUAUCAUGUCAGUGGUUCGUUACCUCUGUUCUAACCAAAGUUGCAUAUAAGUCUGGUUGAACCCCCUGAAUUCUGUUCAGUCACGUUAUCACACUCCAGCAAAGACACUCUGAAUUCUGAGUGGGGGGCUGUGCAAAAUGAUGCUAGCGUUAAUAGGUUUACAUUAUGAAGCUAGGCUGCAUACUGUAUAUUUAUGCUGAAUACAGAAGAAUGAUAUUUAAUUGAGGUGCUUAAGGUAAUUGUGGAAAAAAAAACGUUACACACAAAAUGCUGGAGGAUCUCAAUCAGUCAGGUUUCAGGCCAAGACUUCAGCAAAAUGGGGUUGGUCUUUGAUGAUUGACACAGUCUCAAUGGGCUGAUAGGCUGUAUGAGGGAAUUUGAGAGUAGUUGGGUCCAGUACAAGUGAGUGUGGAGUCAAAGGGUUGUAGUUGUAAUUAAAUCUGCCCAGCACCUCAUCACAAAACUAUCUGUAUUUUUAAUUGCCCCUUCCCUUCUAGAUUUUGCCGUGACACCAUUCAUAUCCCAGCCACCACCACUUGACACCUUGGAAUCCCACUCCAUAAUCUUUUUUUUCUUGGACCAGAACAGACAGAUUUUGCUGACCUAAAAUGAUGCAGUUAGUACUUAACACAUUUAUUACAGCAUUUGGUCUCAAUACUUGACCCUCCACUUCUGAAGAGUCUCCUAUGCCGUGUAACCCAAACUCUUCCAGCUCCAAGCGAGAUUGAGGGUCUUCACCUGAAACGUCGACUGCCCACUUCCUUCCACAGAUGCUGCCUGAGUUCCUCCAGCUGCUUUUUUUUUACUGCAGAUUUCUACUUCAUUUUAUCUCAAAUAGAGCAGAUAUUGCUUGAACCUUCCCCAGUGUGCAGCCCUCGUUUAAAGGAAGUUUCCUGGCUGAUGGGGCAUCCUGCAGACAGGAAUGCGGAAUUUCCCAGCAACAACAAACCUAACUAAUUGUGCAGAGGGUUGUGUGCCUUUAGUAAGGCCAGCUGUUAGACUGAUUCAACCCCUGUUCCUGUUGUCCUGGGAAUCUUGUAAUUAAGGACAAUUACCCUAAAGGUGAGAGUUUAGGGGUGUUAGGACAUAUAACAGCACAGCCCUUCAGUCCACAGUGUUGAGCCGACCUUUUAACCUACUUUAAGAUCAGUCCAAUGUUUCCCUCCCACAUAGCCCUCCAUUUUUCUUUCAUCCAUAUGUAGAUCAGCAGUUUCACACAGUAUUGUUUUGAAAGAGGAAACAUUUGUCUUUCAAGUAAAGUUUCUUUUUAAAAAAAAGCAAGCUGGAAUGGACUAAGGCUGAACCUCAACACCCAGCCCAUGCAUGAGGUGAUUACAGGUUACUCUUGCUCUGUAAACAGUACUCAACAUACAUUGUCGACUUCAUUAGGUACAACCUGCAGUGAUUUUCUGCUGCUGUAGCCUACCCACCUUGAGGUUCAACGUGUUGUGUGUUCAGAGAUGCACUUUUGCACACUUACUUGAGUUACUGUCACCUUCCUGUCAGCUUGAACCAGUCUGGCUAUUCCCCUCUAACCUCUCUUAUUAAUAACACAAGGGAGUCUGCAGAUGCUAGAGAGCUACAGCAACACACAGAAAACGCUGGAGGAACUCAGCAGAUCAGGCAGCAUCUAAUUAACAUUCACCAUUUCAGACUGAGACCCUUCAUGAGUACCAGAAAGGAAGGGAGAAGAUGUUGGAAUAAACAGGUGUGGGAAGGGGAACGACAAGCUAGAAGGUGAUGGGUGAAGCUAGGUGGGUGGGUGGGAAAAGUAGAAGGAAUCAGAUAGGAGAGGAGAAUUGAUUGUGGAGUAAAAGGGGAACCAGGGAGUGAUAGGCAGGUGAGAGGCCAGAGUGGGGAACAGAAAGAGAGGGAAAGAAAAAUUAUUGGAAGGAGAAAUUAAUGCACAUGCCAUCAGGUUGGACGCUACCUAGACAGAAUAUGAGAUGUUGCUCCUCUACCUUGAGCGUGGCCUCAUUGUGAACAGAGAGGAAGCCAUGGACCAACAUGCUGAAAUGAGAAGAGGGAUAGGAAUUAAGAUGGUUGACCACUGAGAAAUACCGCUUUUGGCAGAUGUAGUGCUCUACAAAGGGGUCCCUCAAUUUACGUUGGGUCUCAGCAAUGUAGGAGAGGCCUCAUCAGGAGUUGAGGAUACAACAGACCCAAACAGGUUUCUCCUGGUAAUUCUUUCCUGCUCCUUUCUCCACUCUGCCCACUUACCUCUUUUGACCUUACUAUCACCUCCCCUUGGGGCCCCUCUUUCCCUUUCUCCCAUGGUCCACUCACCUCUCCUACUAUCACAUUCCUACCUCUCCAGCCUUUUACUUUCCCCUCCCACCUGGAUUUACCUUUCACGUUCCAGCAAGUUCUUCGUCUUCCCAUCUCAAGUCCCUGAAGUCCAGCUGUUCCUGAGAUACUCCAAUCACCUUGUCUGACAACAACAAUCAUUCCAAGUCAAAAUCACAUUUUUUCCCUGUUCUGAUGUUUGGUCUGAACAUCUUGACCUUGUCUGCAUGCUUUUACGUAGGUAUUGUGAUACUGUCACAUAAAUGGCUGAUUAGAUAUUUGCAUUUAUGAGCAAGUGUACCUCAAAGUGGCCACUGAGUGUAUUUUAUAGUGUUAUUAGAAAGUUAUACUCGAAAUUCAUUAUAGUGGAGUUAAUGACAUUAAUGUCAGUGAUAAUAAUAUGCUGAGGUUACUAACUGGCAUGUUGGAUAAAGUAGGGAUGUUUUGCCUCUGCGUCCACAGAUGACUUAAAAUGCAUCACUUAAUCUUGUGUGAUGAGGUGUAAUGGUUUGCAUGUACAUGUGAUUUACUCAAGUACAGCAAGACAAACAGAAUUGAUUUAAAUUACUUAAUCAUUUUAAUUUAUGUUAAAUUGACUGAAUACAGUGGAAGUUUGGUAAAGAUUUUUCCUGUCUCUAGCAUUUAUAUACAAGGUCCAAAGGUUGAUUACAUGAGCUGCAGAAUUAAAUUCUGUGAGUGGAUCUUGACAUUUUCUCAAGCCAGCUCAUCAAUGACCUGGAACAGUACUGCCUGAAAAAAAUCUACAUGGUUC